AUGAAGAAGCAGCUUCGCGCCGAGUACGCGACGACCCAGCGGGUUGUGACCGAGCACGAGCAGGAGGUGCUUAGGCUCAUCGACCUGCGUCUGGACAUGAUCACGAGAGUGCAGCAGCAGGAGGGCGGGGCGGCUGCGCAGGAGGGUGGGGUCGGAGGGCAGCAGCAGGAGGGCGUGGUGGCUGCGCAGGAGGGUGGAGCGGGAGGGCAGGAGCAGGAGGGUGGGGAGGCUGCACAGGAGCGACUCGUCGCAGUAAGAAGGAGACACCGCACGGCCAGUGGCAGCGGACAGGCGGGCCCUUCGACGGCAGGCCAUUCGACGUCGGCCAUUGCAUCCGGAGACCAGGUCGUCGAGCUACUGCAGAGGGUCGCGGAGGUCGAGGCGUCGCAGAAGAAGCUCGUCACCGACAAGCUCGACGAGAUGAGUGGGAAAAUCAUCGAGGAGGUGGCAGCCGCCAUCACAAAAGCGAGCGAGGACGCGGUCGAGAAGCAGCUCAAGCUUGUCGAGGAGCGGCUGGUUGCUUCGGUCCUGAAGGGUAUUGAGAAAGCCGACAAGGAGGACUUGUUCUACUCCACCCUCCCGCCCGAGAGCAUGAAGGAGCUGAAGGACGUUGUGAGAGAAAGCUACCAAGAAGCUGAAGCUGGCAGAUUGGAAGUCCUCACCAAAGCGAUGGCAAGAGGGUUUCGGGGCUCGGCGGGCCCGUCGACGAGGUUGCGUCAGGAGGAGGGGGUGGCUGGUGUUCGCAGCGGGGUUGAGCGUCGAGUUCAUGAGCGUUCGGUUCCUCCUUCUUCGGUGGGAGGACAUGUCGGCAGCCCGGUAGCAUCCCCACCGUCGCGUGCCCGUCAGACCAUCGGCAAGUCCGUCGAGGACAAGGAUGUCAUCGUACUCGACCAAUCGCCCCGUUAG